GCUGCUGAUUCCGAACGGAGCGGAGCGGAUUCCGUCGUAGUAAUAACUCGUUUGGUGGGCAGGCAGCACGCACCACAGUCCCCCGUGUCCAGUGCCAGUGUUUAUGCCAGAGUCUAUCGUAACUCGCAGUUACAAACACCCCCCCAGAAAGCGAAAUCUAAUCGGUUCUAGAGGUCCCAGUCCCGGUCCCGGUCCCAAUCUCUCGGCCAGAUAGUGCGUGGGCUCUAAUCGCGAAAUCCGCAAUAAAUACCAUACCCCAACGGACAAGUGGUUGAUCCAGUGGCACCUCGGUGGCUAAACGUACGAAAGAGAUUAUCAAGCCAACGGCUGGCUGGUGGGCAACUAUGUAGUGUUCGUUGUUGUGUUUCCUUCCCUGUAGCUCCACCAAUCGCUGUGGUUGUUCGGUUGCGUCGUUGCAGUUGUUGGGAAAACUAAGACAAACCAGAAACGGAAUCGAUUCCAAGUGCGGUGCAGUAGAAGAAGCUGAAUGAGUGACCGAGGAGAGGGAGAAGGAAGAGUGAAGAGUGUAUUUCAUAUGGAAAACCAGCUACAGCUGCAGUUACAGCUCCACUGUUUUUUUCGAAGCAGGAACUACACCAACAACAAGAGCAGCCAGUCCCAACGAUCGGGCUGACAAAAGAGAAUAGCGACAAAACAAAGAAGCAGGCGAACAAAGAACACAGGCCAAGAAAAACAGAGAACAGACGGUCGGCCAGAGAGGAGAGAAGAGAGCCGAACUGGAGCUGUUUACUUCGGACAACGACAAGAGUUCUGUCGGACAGAGAUACUCGAAUAUACAAGUGUGUCGCUGCAAGAUACAGAUACUGAUACAGUGAUAGAGACAGCGACAGAUCCCGCGAAGCAGCGCCAGCAUCCACAUCAUUAGAGAGACAGAGUGAGAGAGGAAAACCCCCCAAAAAAAGCUCAAUACGAAUGCUCACACAGAAUGCCACGUGCCACAAGCCAUGAUGGGGCCCUGCCACCCACUCAAGAUGAUCUCACAGUUGCCCAGAGCAGAUCCAAGUCCAACACAUUGAACUCGCAGCGGAAUGGGGUCGGUGCGGGAGGAACGGGAACAUUUGGGGGCUACAGCAGCGGGAAGAGUGGGUCCGACAAGCCAACGAUACCCCAGAUGAUAUUGGAGGCCUUCGGCCUGCGCAAUCACUCACAGAACCGCGAGCCAACGUCCAAGGAUAUUGGCACACUGAUAAUGCUGGGCGUGAUGUUCCUCCUAUUUGUGAUCAGUGUUACCGGAUUCUUUGUGAUGUGGUUCACCGAGUACUACAACAACACCAUGCUGGAGAAUCUUGUGCUGGCCGAGAACUCGGACACGGCCAAGAGUUGGCUCAACCCAGACCCCAAGUUCGACACGCUGCUGAAGGCUCACAUCUUCCACUACCCCAACAUUGAGGACUAUCUGGCAGGGCGGGCUGAUAAGAUACAGAUACGCGAUAUGGGUCCGCUGGUCUACCAAGAGCACACGGUCAAGGACGAGGUCUCGUUCAACAAGAAUUUCACGGUCACCUUCAGGGACCGCAAGUCGUACAAGUUUCUGCCGGAAAAGUCGAGCAUACGGGAGGAUGAUGUGCUGCUGGUUCCCAAUGUGCCGCUCAUCAGUGCCGCUGGCCACGUAAAACGGAUGCCGUAUACUACGCGCCUCAUCUCGGGCAUGUUAAUCAACGGGUUCAAGGAGCCCCUGUUCAAGAAUCUGACGGCUGCAGAGUACCUCUGGGGAUACGAGGACAAGAUCAUCAAACUGAAGAGCCUGGGCAAGGGCAAGCGACGUUUCGGCCUGCUGAUGAGCCGAAAUGGAACCAGCGUGGACUCGGUUCAGGUGAACACCGGCGAGGACGACAUCACCAAGUACAGCACCAUCACCCAGUUCAAUGGCAUGCCCCAGCUGGACUACUGGGAGGGGGAGGAGUGCAAUCGAAUUGAUGGCUCGGAGCCCUCCAUGUUCUCGCCGAAUCUCCUGCAGACUCGCGACACAGUUCACGUCUUCCUGCAAGUGCUGUGCCGCAAGGUGCCGCUCCACUUUGAGAAGGAGGUGACCAUCUACGACGACAUCGAUGUGCUACGCUACCGGACGCCCAUGGAUGUGUUUGAUCAUCCGUCCGAGAACCCGGCGAAUCAGUGCUAUUGCCAGAACACUGACCGUUGCCUGCCCAGCGGAGUGAUCAAUGCCACCAAAUGCUACGCAGACUCGCCCAUCUUUCCCUCCUUCCCCCACUUCUUCUCCGGCGAUCCGGUCCUGUACAAGAUCUUCGAUGGCAUCAAGCCCGACGCGGAGAUCCAUCAGACCUACGCCGACAUUCAUCCGCGCUUCGGCUUCCCCAUCAGCGGAGCUUCGCGCGUCCAAAUUAACAUUAUGCUGGACAAGACCCCUCUACUAAGGAAUCAGGGUGAACGUCUGGAGAACGCCACCAUCUUGCCACUGAUGUGGAUCGAGAUCACCUCGGGCGACUUCUCGGAGGAGGUGCUGCACAUGCUGUACGUCAGCACCUUCGGCCUGGACGCCAUCCAACUGGCCCUGAAGUAUGGCACGCUGCUCAUUUCCGUGACUUCCUUCAGCCUGAUCGUGGCCGGGGUCUACUACUUGAACAGUAAGCGCGAGGAGCACCUCCAGGAGAGCAAGUCCUCCGCUGAGCUCGAGGCACUGAACAGUGGUGGCGUCGUGAUGGUGCAGGUGCACCACUUCAACUUACCAGUGCCAUGUGCCCCUUCUGCGCCCCACUUGGAGGCGGAUGAUCAUCGAGCAGCGUAAACCACGUGACCAAAACAGUGCCAUUAGUUAGUUAUUUAGUUAUUUAGUGAGGGGCGGGAACGGGGGAAAGUUAUCCAGACUUUUAUGAGAUUUUCGAAUUUUCCUAGGAUUAAACGCACAACCUUAGUCUACAAAGAGUCAGCCAGUUACCUGUAGUCUGUAGCCAUCAGUUUGUAAAUAUGUGAAAAUGUUAAUAAACUUUAUAUUCUCAUA